CAGAUUCCAGAGAGAUUUAUACUGACGACUUACGACUCCAUCCGUCAACAUACAUACCUAUACUUGAGCUUCGUGUGCGAUGGCAAGUCCCUGCUGCUGUACUGCUUAGAAAUCGCGCUCAGGUCCUUCUCACCUCGACCCUGGCCACCUCGGGCGGGCUCGAAGGUCGGUCUCGCCGCCGUCGUCAUGUUUCUCCGCUGAAGAGGCUACGCGAUUUUUGACAGCUGACAGGAGGUCGGAGAGACGCGGCUUGUCGGUCGGGUUCCUCUUCUCUGCGCAAAACGUGGGGGGGAAUCGCGAUGGUGUGAUGGCUGACGGGAGUUGUUGGCGAUCUUAAUCGAUUGUCACAAUAGGUCGCGGGUGAUGCCCCCAAUUGUUUUCCGGCGAGGACGCCAGCGGUGACGUGACGUGACGCGACGCGAUGACCCGAUGCGGCCGGACGCCUCCGAUCUGAUCCGGCAUCGAUCGAUCGAUCGGCAUUGAAUCGCGCGGCGCGGCUCCGGGAUGAGCGAGAGGAAGUUCACGCGCGGCCGGAAGCCCGGCAUGGCGGCGCAGCUACGGGAAACCGUGUCGCAGGUCGUCCGCGAGAGCACGGUCCAGAGUAAACCACACCUGGUGGAACCUAUUGACUUUGAGAACUUUAUCCUGAAGAAUAAGACAUUGCUUCAAAAUGACCCUCAGCGAGAAUUACUGCUAUAUCCUCAGGAUGAUAUUUCUCAAGUGGUUCUGCCAAGAAGAUAUCGUAGCAUGGUACCGACAGCACAGCAUAUUACAGAAAGCGAAGAAGGAGUGGAAAAUCUCCUGACGAAGGAAUGUUUGCAUAGUUAUACAUCCAAUUGGAAUCUUGUACAUUACAAAUAUGCGGUAUACAGUGGAACUUAUCUCGAAUUGCCAAAGAUAUCGAAAGCGGACGACCUAAAAGAUGAAGUGUAUGAAAUCGAUACAGAAGUGGAUCAAGUAGAUGAGGAAUUAACAAAGAACGAUGGCAUAACGAAGGAAGGCUACUUGAUGAAAGGACCUGAGAUUGGCAGUUCAGAUCGAAUGUUCGCUCAUAUUGGUUCGAAAUCAUUCAAGAGACGUUUCUGCCAUCUUAGACAGGAAGUUGAUGGCACUUACAUACUUGAAUUCAAAGACGAAAGGAAAGGGGAGGCCAAACUGACAAUAGUUAUGGAUUUUUGCACAGAAGUUGUCAGAAAUUCAAAGCGUGGGAGAUUUUGCUUCGAAUUACGAAUGAGUGACACUCACAAGUCUUAUACCCUGGCCUCCGAAAGUGAGACUGAUAUGCAAGAUUGGUUGUUGAAACUCAGUUCUGUGUUGCAACAUUAUAAACAGCAAGAGGAAAAACGUGCCGCUUCAUUGGAGAGAGCCUGCAACACGCCUCCGCCUUCACCACAACCCAUGCAGGUUUAUGGCACCCUGAAGGGCCUUGAACAAAGCAUGAAUCCACAACUGAUAAAGUACUCCAGAGAGACUGAUACCAGCAUUGCUCUAGCAAGGAGAGAAAAUAGAAAAAGACUGUUCAGUGUGUAUCCUUAUAUACCACACUCCAAGAUAAGUACAGGGCAAUCUGUCGAUCAAAAUGUGGAUCCUUACAAGGAGCAAUUCGGCCAUAGAAUUUUCGUCAAGUGCGAAAGCCUGAAAUUUCGUCUGCAAGCACCUAUAGACGAGAAGGAAUCUUUGUGCCAAGUGGAACCUUAUUACACAACGUUGAGUUUAUUCGACGCGAGAAAUGGUAGAAAACUCACGGAGAAUUUUCAUUUCGACAUUAAUCAUGAAAUGGUGCGAGAUAUGACAAGAGAAUUGAGUCCAGCAGGAAUCACAACAGAGACGGAGGAUAUUACUCUUCCCGGGGAUUUAAAAAGUAUUCCUUCAGAUUGGAUUAAGUAUCCAAAACAGGCUAUAUUCAAUAUCACCAAUCCUCAUCCGGACAUAUUUCUCGUCGUCAGGAUAGAUAAAUUACUUCAAGGGAACAUAUAUCAGAUCUCAGAGCCAUAUUUGAGAGCUACGAAGGAUCCAAGAUUGGGUUUGAAGGUGCACAAACAGGUCCGAGCGUGUUGUCAAAGACUGGGAAACUAUAGAAUGCCAUUUGCAUGGGCUGCAAGACCAUUAUUUAGAUUAUAUAGUAAUGAAUUGGACACAUCAUCGGACUUUCCAGCGAUAUACAGGCAGGAAAAUAACAAAAUAAAGGACGAAGAACUAUUAAAACUUCUUUCAGAAUAUAGAAAACCUGAGAAGCUUAGCAAAUUGACUGUAAUACCUGGUUGGUUAAAAAUAAAAAUAGAACCUAUUACGGACAUCCCUGAAAAUACGUUGUCAACUUGCCUAGCACCUUUAAAGUCAUUUCCGAUACCUCCAACGGCAGAACCAACAAUCGAGAUCGCCGAGUUCGAGAGCACUUCUGAGAGAGACGUGUAUCCAUACGUCUCGUACAUCAAUCAUCUCUAUGUAUAUCCACAGACCCUCUGCUUUGACAGCCAGAAAAUGUUUACCCGAGCUAGGAACAUAGCGUGCAUCGUGGAGCUUCGCGAUGACGAUGGCGAGAAUACCAAACCUUUACGAGCGAUUUACGGGAAACCUGGUACACCAUUGCUAUGCCUGCGAGCAUCGUGCGCAGUUUUACAUCACAACGCGGUGCCUUCUUGGUAUGAAGAGAUCAAGCUGAAGCUGCCUACAAAGUUGCACGCGAAACACCAUUUACUCUUUUCCUUUUAUCACAUAAGCUGUGAUAUGAACAAGAAAAAGGAGAACGGCGUUGAAAAUUGCGUCGGCUAUGCGUGGGCGCCUUUGCUGCACAAAGGAAGACUGAACGUGGACGUGGAAUCGAGUAUCCAAGUACUACCUGUAGCGACGCACUUGCCACACGGCUAUCUUUCCAUACAACCCCUUGGGCUAGGAAAAGGGGUAAGAAACGCUGGACCGGAUAUCACAUGGAUCGACUCUCAACGACCCAUCUUCACGGUAUCUUUCCAAUUAAUUUCAACGGUAUUUACGCGAGACCUUCAUCUGCACAAUCUGUUCGUUCACGCUGAACGUAUCCUGGACACGAGACCUUCAACGAUACCGUCGGAUUCAGAGACCUGUAAAAUCUUGAAGGCGGCACACGCAGUUCAACUAGUCACCGUUAUAACGUUUUUACCUACUAUAUUGAAUCAGUUGUUCGUGUUGUUGGCGUGCAAUACCAGUCAGGAGAUCGGAUUGUACGUGAUCAGGGUCUUGAUACACUUUAUAAACAUGGUACACGAAGCCGGGCGCAAGGAAAUUCUACAAGCGUAUAUCAAGUUCGUGUUUGUGCUGCCUCCUCUACGAAAUGGCAACGUCACGGUUCACGAGCAACUGGCGAAACAUUUGCCAGCUUUAUUGCAACCGAGCAACACCGAUUUUCUGGUGGUGAACAAGUUUAUGCACCACUCGAGCUUUUUCUUUGAAAUAAUGAUUAAAAGCAUGGCGCAAUAUCUCCUAAGUACUGGUAGGAUAAAGAUGCAUAGAAACGAGCGUUUUUCGAACGAUUAUCACGAGAAGAUCAAAGCCUUAUUGGAAGUAAUUAUGCCAUACCUAAUGACCAAAUACAGAGAAAUGCCAGUGGAAACGCACGAAUUGAACAAAAGCCUCGCACAAUUCUUAAAGAGAUGCCUCACAUUCAUGGACCGCGGCUUCGUGUUUCGUCUCAUCAAUUCCUAUUUGGACAACUUUUCGCCGGGUGAUCCACGCACAUUGCACGAUUUCAAGUUCACCUUUCUACAGAUCAUUUGCUCUCACGAGCACUACGUAUCAUUCAACCUGCCGAUGAUGCAGUCGCGUCUCGUUUCCAGAGAUUUGAUGAAUGAAUAUUGUCUCACGGAGGAAUUCUGCAAACACCACUUCCUAGUUGGUCUACUGAUGCAAGAAGUUAAAACUUCUCUCAAUGAAAUUGUGCAGAUUCGUAAGGUGGCUAUAGGCACUUUACGAGACUUAAUGGCGAAGCACGAAUUGGAUGAUAGAUAUCAGAAUAAGGGUCAAUUGAGUAGAAUAGCAUCGGUCUACAUACCGUGGCUCGGGAUUGUUCUGGAGAAUUUGCACCGACUAGAAUCAGUACAAGAGAGUGAGAUCAAGAUAGAAAUGAAACAAAAUAGUACAAAUAGGGUGUCAACUAGCAGUUCGUUUCUGGCAACAAAGGAUAGCACUAUCGGUGCUACUGCAAGCACACCAAAGUCCAUUCAUAGAUUGACUCUUCAUCUGGACACUCAGUCACCCGUGAGAACGUCUAUACAUCUGCGAGACUCGACUUACUUCGCCGCUAUCGCGGGUCAAGGAUUAGUAAAUGGAUAUUCCUGCGCUAGCGUCGAAUCCGACACGUCGACGGUAUCUGGUGCAUCCCAGUCCAACAUUUCCCAAGAGACUGCCAUUGUUAGGGAAUUGGUGGAUAACGGAACAGGCGAGAAGAAGAGGCAUUCGCGUACGUUGAGCGUGACGCAGUCGUCGCCUAGAUGUGAUAAAUUGCAACCGUCAGAAGUGAAGGAUAUAUUACUCUGUUUUCUGUUCAUCGUCAAAUAUCUGGGCGAUCAUCAGGUAAUCGCCUGGUGGCAACAAUGCAACGAUACAGAAAUACUGAGCUUCUUCACAGUGAUCGAAAUGAGCUUGCAUCAUUUCAAAUAUAUCGGUAAGAGGCAAAUAGCCGCCAAUGCCGCGAGUAAUGUUGGAAAACCGCGUACCGUUAAAGCGAUGACUUUACCGGCUAGAAUGGCACCACCAGAUUUCACUAAUGAAACCACUACCGCUACCAGCACAUUACAACCUCAUAAUACAGUUACUAGAGAGAAUCUUGUUGAAAAUGAAACCGGUAAGGUGUACCAAGCUCUGUUGGAAGCGAACAUGGCGACGGAAGUCGGUCUUAUCGCGCUGGAUUGCUUGGGGCUCUUCUGUAUUCAUUUUAAAGAUGUUCUUUUGGCGAAUGAAGGCGACAACGCAGUCAUGCAAAAGAUUUUCAACAUUUAUUUAUCGUUUCUUCAAGUCGGUCAGUCAGAAACCUUAUUACGUCAUGUUUUCGCUGGAUUUCGAGCUUUUUUGAACAAUUAUUCCGUCGCGCUUUUUAAAGGCAAUGCUAUGCUUUGUGGACGUUUGUGUUAUGAGCUGCUACGUUGUUGUAACAGCAAGCUGAGUUCCAUACGACAAGAGUCCUGCGCUUUGCUGUAUUUGCUCAUGCGAAGUAACUUUGAGUUUACCAGUCGAAAGGGAUUGACUAGAGUGCACUUACAGGUGAUAAUUUCAGUCUCCCAAAUGUUGGGAAACGUAAUUGGUUUGAACAACUCGCGAUUUCAAGAAUCGUUAUCGUUGAUCAACAGUUACGCUUCCUCCGAUAAAGUUAUGAAAGGCACGGGUUUUCCAGUUGAAGUGAAGGAUCUCAAUAAAAGAAUACGAACGGUUUUAAUGGCGACCGCGCAAAUGCGAGAGCAUAAUAACGAUCCGGAAAUGUUAGUUGACUUACAGCACAGUUUGGCAAACUCGUACGCCAGCACGCCCGAGUUGAGGCACACUUGGCUGGAGACGAUGGCCAGGAAUCACGCCAGAGACGGCAACUUUUCAGAGGCUGCUUGCUGCCAAUUGCACAUUGCAGCGUUAAUGGCCGAGUAUCUAAAAUUGCGGAAAGUUCAAUCAUGGGGCGCAGAGGCUUUCGAUCAUAUCUCUGCCAACAUAUCGAAAGACGAGCGAAAUCUUAAGCUCGACGCUGGCGUUCAAGAUAUUCACUAUAAUGAAAAUCUCUUUCUCGAGCAAUUAGAAGUUUGUGCUGACACUUUAGAGAAAGCCGAGCGUUUCGAACUGCUCGGACACUUGUAUCGCUUGAUAGUUCCUAUGUAUGAAAAAAGAAGAAACUACGAAGCUCUGGCGAAUUGCUACUCGCACUUGGCGCAAGCCUAUAAUAAAAUCGUGGAAGUCACACGAACUGGCAAAAGAUUACUUGGAAGGUUUUACAGAGUAGCGUUCUUUGGCAUGGCAUAUUUCGAAGAGGAGAAUGGUCAAGAAUAUAUCUACAAGGAACCCAAAGUGACAUCAUUAUCUGAGAUAUCGGAACGAUUGUUGCACUUAUACAGCGAAAAGUUCGGAUCUGAGAACGUUAAAAUGAUAAUGGAUUCUGUACCGGUAGACAUAAGCGAAUUAGAUCCCAAGAUAGCGUACAUUCAGGUGACACACGUAACACCGUACUUUGAGAAGUCCGAGUUGGAAGUGCGACAGACUGAAUUCGAGCAAAAUCACAAUGUAUCGUGCUUCAUGUUCGAGACGCCGUUUACUAAGGAGGGCAAAGCGAGGGGAAAUCCAGAGGAUCAAUGGAAACGCAGGACUAUUCUCACGACACAAUAUGCUUUCCCGUAUGUGAAGAAACGCAUUGGAAUUGCCGAUAAACGAAUAGUGGAACUGAGUCCUAUCGAGGUUGCUUUGGACGAAAUGAGACAACGUGUUCAGGAAUUGGAAGACGUAGCCUUAAUCGGGCCGACAGACGUAAAGAAGCUGCAAUUACGUCUUCAGGGUAGUAUUUGCGUCACAGUAAACGCCGGUCCUCUGGCUUACGCUUCCGCGUUCUUGGAUCCCGCCUUGUCUCCGCAAUAUUCUGAUGACAAAGUAGAGGAGUUGAAGGAUGUUUUUAGGGAUUUUGUGAAGAUAUGUUACACAGCGCUACAAAUUAAUAGCAAACUGAUCACGCCGGACCAACACGAGUAUCAAGAGGUGUUGCGUGAGAAUUAUCAGAAAUUGUGCCAGAGCUUGUCGUCCUUGUUUGGGGAACCAAUAUGGCCGGAUGAACAAGUAGGAAGCUUUAAACGCAAUAGCGCCGCUUUAUUCAGUGCCAUCAGCGGCGCCAAUAAUCAUAGCAGUACAGCCUAAGUCAAUAAUCUUAGAUUGUUCAUCUGAUAGACCUCGGAUUUAUUUAUCCUUUUUUUUAGCAUAAUAUGUAAUAUUUAAGCAUCUUCCAAACACAAAGCUCGUGAAAGUUACUUGUAAAUUGUCAUUUUGUAUUUAGUUUUCUUCUUGUUGCCACAUCAUUAAUACAAAUCUGUGAUUAAGUAUCCAUAUUUUGCAACGUUUGGCCUAAUAGGAAAACAUUUUCCGAUCACUGCCAGAUAUUUUGGACAAGUAUUUAAGAACAUUAUAAAAAAGGUACUGAUUAGGGAAUUCUGUGGGUGGAUUGUAGUCAUUUAUAGUAUAUAUAGAAUCAAGAAUUUGACAAGCCAGUGAAGAAAGCUACUUCUACUUAUUAAAAUUAUGACGUUGAUGUUGUAGUCGAAUAAGUUGCAAGUUUAGACUAAUAGAAUAUAAGUUGGAUGUCAAAGACUCACCCCCCAGGGCAUUUAUAUAGCAUAAUCUAUGACGAUAAAAAUGUACUUUGAUACACAUCUUAGUUCUUUCACUGUGAAUAAUAUUAGUCCCUAAUGCAUUCACAUAUUUAUAAUGUUUGUGUAAUCAAUUUUGUAAGAAUUAUAUUCUUACCUCUUUAAGAAAACUAUAGUCUAUAAGAGCAGAAAUAAUUUAAGAAAAGAAAAAGAAAUUGUAAUAUUUGAAGAAUUAGAUUAAUUUUUUUAUCAUGUCUUAACUGAAUCCUUAUUACAUCUUUUUGCUUCAUUAAUAUAGACGAUAGUUAAUUCUUUAUGCUUGGAGACUAUAUAUAUUUUAGCGUAUCAAAUUUAUAACUUACAUAUAAUCAUGAAAAGUAUGAAUAAAUUUUUUAUCCUAUGUAUGUAUACGUUGCAAUAUGUAUAGUAUACUGAUGAUUUAUAGAUACUUUAUGUAAAAAUCGAUUUGUGUAUAUAACUAUUUUGAAAAUUUUUCUUGCAUAUAUAAGUACUUUCUUGCAUAUAAGUGCUAUUAUGCGAUCGGCUGUUUUAGAAAUAAUGCAAAACGAAAGUACAGAUCCUUUAAUAUAAAUCAUCAGACAUAUUUUUUGCUACAUAUUAUACAUAUUAUGAAUUUACGUAAUGCGCUUGCAUUAGUAGUAUAAGGGGAAAAAUUUCUUUUUUUCUGUACGGAUCAAGUAACUUCUAUGCCAAUUACCGCAAUUUAUGAGAAAUUAAAUAAAAGUUUAUUUAUACUAUAUAUGAAGAGAGGUGGAGACUGUAGUAUCCAGUUGACUACGCUUUACGUAUAUGGAAACAAGUCCGACCACUUUGAUACCUUGCAAAUGCGCACAUAUAGGGGUAAUGUUACAUAUUGAUAAUUAAUUAUGAAAAACGCGUGACAUAAAAUUUUAUAAACUGCGAA